AUGACUAUCCUGAGCAGGUUUCACAGGAUUGUUGGCAACUCCGCCGACACCGCCAACACGACCCCUGUUGACGAUCCAAUCGUUAUACAGCUGCAGGCGGGUGACAAAGAAGCAGCACAUGCUCUCGACACUGAGGUUAACAAAGAUGAUGAUAAGCCGACCGAAAAUGCCCAGGCCGGUGUGCAGAAGAUCGAGGCAGUGACUUUGACCUGGGGGAGGAGUUCUAUGUUCAUGGUUUUGAUAUUUAUCUGGCUUCUGACACUGGUCAACAACAUGAGAUCCUCCGUGGUGUACAGCUUGACCGCAUACGCAACAAGCUCUUUCGCCGGUCACUCGCUCUUGACUGUCAUCAACAUUGUGUCGUCUGCCAUGGCAGGGGCAGUUUAUAUUCCUAUGGCUAAGGCAUUGGACCUAUGGGGUCGUGCAGAAGGAUUUCUUCUGAUGGUCGCCAUGUGCAUACUGGGAAUAGUACUGCUGGCUUCUUCACACAACCUUCCUACGUACUGCGCGGGAGAAGUCUUCUACUCUGUCGGUUUUGGAGGCCUCGCAUACAGCUGGGACGUACUUGCAGCAGACGUGACGAACCUGAGAAAUCGAGGUCUUGCCUUUGCUUUCACAUCGUCCCCAGCCUUGAUCUCGGCAUUCGCUGGAUCGAAGGCUGCUGCCGAGUUCCUUCUUCAUGUUAAUUGGCGAUGGGGUUAUGGAAUGUGGGCAAUUGUCUUGCCGGCGUUCGCAUUGCCUCUGUAUGCCCUCUUGGCCUACAAUCUGCGGCGAGCAGAAAGACAGGGGACGAUCAACAGAGAAAGAACCAAGUUUAGGUUCAGCCUGGAAUCAGUCUGGUGGGUUGUCAAGGAAUUCGAUUUGAUGGGUGUUAUCCUCUUCGCUGGCGGUAUGGUCGUGUUCCUGCUGCCGUUUACGCUGGCUAGUACUGCGCCCAGCGGCUGGCAAACAGGGUACAUCAUCGCGAUGCUCGUUGUCGGUCUCGUCCUCCUGAUUUCCUUCGGCUUUUACGAAACUUAUCUCGCCCCGGUCCCAUUCUUGGAUUACAAAUUCCUCACGGACCGAACCAUCUUGGGUGCAUGUCUCUUGAACAUGACAUACCAGAUCUCUUAUUACUGCUAUGGGAGUUACCUAUCGUCAUUUUUGCAAGUAGUGUACCACUUGGACGUUGCCACUGCUGGAUACGUGGGAAACACAUUCAGCGUGGUUUCAUUUGUCUUCUUGUUCGUCACUGGCUGGCUGAUUCGAGUGACCGGACGAUUCAAGUGGAUCCUCUGGAUUUGCGUGCCGCUCUACAUAUUUGGGCUGGGCCUCAUGAUUCACUUCCGUACCCCCGGUGGAUACAUCGGCUACAUUGUCAUGUGCGAGAUCUUCUUCUCUGUCCCAGGUGGCAUCUUCAUUCUUUGUGUGCAGCUGGCCGUUCUUGCAUCCGUUGAUCACCAGCACGUUGCUGCGGCACUUGCUUUGCUUUUCGUGAUGGGUAGUAUCGGUGGAUCCAUUGGCAGUGCCAUUUGCGGCGCUAUCUGGACAAAUACCUUCCUGUCAAAGCUCCAGCAGACUCUCCCAGAAGAGGCCUUAUCCGAUUUGUCACUUAUCUAUGCAAGCCUACCGGUGCAACUCAGCUACCCCGUCGGUAGCCCAAUCCGCGAUGCAAUCAUCGAAGCAUAUGGCUAUGCUCAGCCAAUCAUGCUUGCUUCUGGCACUGGAUUCAUGGUGCUGGGAUUCAUUUGGGUUGGCAUGAUGAAGAACUUGAAUGUGAAGACGAUGACCCAGACGAAGGGCAACGUCUUCUGA